UAUGUUUAUAGUUGCUGCUAUUUAAGUCGAAGAUUAAAUCAGCUAUCAAGCCAUGAUCCAUUGUGGAAAAGACACUGCAAGAAGUACUGGCUUAUUUCAGAAGAGGAAAAAAGUCAACGAAAUCAGAGCUGGAAAGCCAUCUUCAUCAGUACCUACUCUGACCUCGGAAGAUACAUCCGAUACUAUGCUACAUUGAAAAAAGCCUGGGAUGACCUAGAGAAAUACUUAGGACAGCGGUGUCCUCGGAUGAUUGGUUCUUUGAAAGAGAGUGUGCGAGAGGAAGAUCUUGAUGCUGUGGAAGCACAAAUAGGUUGCAAACUCCCUGAUGACUAUCGAUGUUCUUUUCGUAUUCAUAAUGGACAGAAGCUAGUUGUUCCUGGUUUGAUGGGAAGCAUGGCACUGUCGAACCACUACCGCUCCGAAGACUUGUUGGAUAUUGACACAGCGGCUGGCGGUUUUCAGCAGAGGCUGGGACUGAAGCAAUGCCUUCCUCUUACCUUUUGCAUUCAUACUGGCCUGAGUCAAUACAUGGCCCUGGAGAGUGUGGAGGGACGAAAUAAAUAUGAGAUCUUCUAUCAAUGUCCAGACCAAAUGGCUCGCAAUCCGUCUGCUAUUGAUAUGUUCAUUACAGGUACAUCUUACUUGGAAUGGUUUACAUCCUAUGUAAACAAAGUUGUUACUGGUGGUUAUCCUAUCAUCAGAGACCAGAUUUUCAGGUAUGUGCAUGAUAAAGAAUGUGUUGCUACCACAGGAGAUAUCACUGUUUCUGUGUCCACAUCUUUUCUACCUGAGCUCAGUUCUGUACAUCCACCGCAUUAUUUCUUCACUUACAGAAUCAGAAUUGAAAUGUCCAAAGAUGCUCUUCCUGAGAAGGCUUGUCAGCUGGACAGUCGAUACUGGAAAAUAACAAAUGCCAAAGGUGCUGUAGAAGAAGUUCAGGGUCCUGGAGUAGUUGGGGAGUUUCCAAUCAUCAGUCCAGGGAGAGUCUAUGAAUAUACCAGCUGCACUACGUUUUCCACAACAUCUGGAUAUAUGGAGGGGUAUUACACCUUCCAUUGCCUCUACUACAAGGACAAAUUCUUUAAUGUCACAAUUCCCAGAUUUCAUAUGGUGUGUCCAACAUUCAAGGUGUCCACGGCACGAAUGGAAACAAAUCAUAAUGAAUAUGCAGUGGAUGAAGAUGAAGAUUCCACAGACACUGAUGAAUAUGAAGAUCGACGUAGAGUGUUGGACAUUCCUGCGCCUUCUAGACGCUGCCCACGUCAUACCUGAUGGGAUUUUUUUUUUUUUUUUUUCAAAACAAAACAAACUCUUUUCAGAAGCUGAAUUCUUUGGGGCUAGUGCAUAAGAAUAUUUCUGACUAUUGUAAAAUGAACUUUCCGUUGCACAUCAGGGCAACUAGCAUGAAUGUUGGUGCCAGUUCUAAUAUUCAUCAGAGUAUAACUUCUUUUUCUCCUGGUUUGGAAGUGGGGAGGGG